AUGGAUAAGAAGCCCGGCAGAUCGCAAGAACCAGAAGUGAGAAAAGGGCCAUGGACCAUGGAAGAAGACUUGAUUCUAAUGAAUUACAUUGGAAAUCAUGGAGAAGGUGAAUGGAACUCGCUAGCACGAUCGGCAGGACUGAAACGCACCGGAAAAAGCUGCCGUCUCCGGUGGCUUAACUACCUGAAGCCAGACGUCCGGAGGGGAAACAUUACAGCUGAAGAGCAGCUCCUGAUCAUGGAACUGCACGCAAGGUGGGGAAACAGAUGGUCUAAAAUUGCAAAGCAUCUACCGGGCAGAACUGAUAAUGAAAUAAAGAACUACUGGAGGACGAAAAUUCGAAAACACAUCAAGGAAGCAGAGAACAACCCCAGCCAAAGCUCAGAGAUAAACCCUGAACAGACCACAAGUAGUCAGGUGUCCAGUGAUGCCAAUGCAGUUGAACCAUGUUCUCCAACAUAUACUGGAAACCUGCAGGAGGCUUGGAUGGGUGCUUUGCCCACUGAAUCUAACGACAGUUUUUGGAGCGUUGAGGAUCUCUGGUAUAUGCCGUAA